GACACAUAGUGGCCCAUCCCCUGCUCCUCCAGCCACAUCGCCAGGAGCUGGAGCGCGGAGCUCGGUGGGCAGCACUGACCCCCCCCCCCCCCCCCCCGGCAGCGUCUCCAGCCCUGGGCAGCGGCGCAUCAGGUCGUCAUGUGGACGCUGGCAGCCCUCCUGCUGCUGGCGCCAAGCAGUGGACACGCUGUGGCCCUGGAGAAGCCCACGCUGUCUCUGCACCCCCCCUGGACCACCAUCUUCAAGGGGGAGCGGGUCACCCUGCAGUGUGACGGGCACCACCCUCUGGUCGUGGAGCUCCGGCCCAUCAGCACCCUCUGGUACCUGGGCCACCUGCUGCUGCCCUCUCACGGGAGGAGCAUCGAGGUGCAGACCCCAGGGGUGUACCGGUGCCAGACCCGGGGAGCGCCCGUCAGCGACCCUGUCCACCUCUCUGUCUCCAAUGGUGAGUGGUGA